UUCCUCAUGUCAGUAAGGGCAUCGCAUGCACUUGUAAAAGAAGGUCAUACGCUCUCUGCGUAGCGCCGCACGCUCAAAUCCUGCUCCUCCGCGAGUCUCGCGAUCACGUACGCACGCACGCUCUCUCUCUCUGGUGCUCGUCGACUCUCACCGGCCUUCCUGCAGCUAAGGAUACUUAUUUAACAUUCCUGUAACAAAUUGAGAUCAUGGCCUCAGUAAUGGAGAAGCUGAUUACCCCUUUGGCCAGCGGCCCCGCUGAGCCCCCCAGGAACAAAGUCACAGUUGUAGGCGUGGGGCAGGUGGGCAUGGCCUGUGCCGUCAGCAUCCUGCUCAGGGAGCUUGCAGAUGAACUGGCUUUGGUUGAUGUUGUGGAGGAUAGACUGAAGGGGGAGAUGUUGGAUCUGCAACACGGCAGCCUUUUCCUCAAGACCCCGAAGAUUGUGGCUGAUAAGGACUACUCUGUGACCGCUAACUCCCGUAUCGUGGUGGUGACGGCCGGAGUGCGUCAGCAGGAGGGUGAGAGCAGACUGAACCUGGUGCAGAGGAACGUCAACAUUUUCAAACACAUCAUCCCUCAGAUCGUCAAAUACAGUCCUGACUGCACCCUCAUCGUGGUGUCCAAUCCAGUGGAUGUUUUGACCUAUGUGACCUGGAAGCUGAGCGGCCUGCCAAAGCACCGUGUCAUCGGCAGCGGGACCAACCUGGACUCUGCUCGCUUCCGCCACAUCAUGGCCGAGAAACUGGGCAUCCACUCCAGCAGCUUCAACGGCUAUAUCCUGGGAGAGCACGGAGACUCCAGCGUGGCUGUGUGGAGCGGAGCUAAUGUUGCUGGAGUCAGCCUGCAGAAACUCAACCCUGACAUUGGUACAGAUAAAGACAGCGAGAACUGGAAGAAAGUUCACAAGGAGGUAGUGGACAGUGCUUAUGAAGUGAUCAAGCUGAAGGGUUACACUAACUGGGCCAUCGGUCUCAGUGUGGCCGACCUGACGGAGACCCUGGUGAAGAACCUGAGCAGGGUCCACCCUGUCUCCACCAUGGUGAAGGGCAUGUAUGGUAUCUGCGACGAGGUGUACCUGAGCCUGCCCUGUGUGCUGAACAGCAGCGGAGUGGGCAGCGUUAUCAACAUGACCCUGACCGAUGACGAAAUCGCUCAGCUGAAGAAGAGUGCCGACACUCUGUGGGGCAUCCAGACAGACCUGAAGGACCUGUAGAUAAACCGCUGGACACCAUGCACUCUUUUCAUUGUCUCUGUUCACACUCCCUCAGUAUCUUUACACUCUCUCUAACUCUGUGACGGUCUUUUCUUCUCACUUGCUUUUGGACACGGUUGCUUUUGAAAUUUAUUUUUCAUUAUUUUGACAUUUUUCUUCUAAAGAGAAUGAUCAAAGGGAAACAUCUUUGGUUCUUCACAUUUGCACUUGUUAACCAAGUCACUCUGUGUGUGCAAUAAAGAAAGAACCAACACCUCUCUUGUCUAGACAUAAUUUAGUGAGAUCAUUAGGGAACAUUCUCUGGUCUUUGUUUAAGUCAAGAGGAGACAGGACUGAAGUGAGAUAGAUACAAAUGUAUUCAUUCUUCUGAAUCAUGUUGUAAGUGAUGGUCAUGUGAGUGUGUCUAAGAUGAAUUUAAUAAAUCACUUCAAAUGGC